AUGGAAUAUAGUAAUCAUAACACAUUUUAUGGAGAAAAUCGUAUGAAUGGUUAUAAUAGCGCAAAUAACUAUGAAUAUGGGUCAAUAAAUACGUAUGAUAGGGGUUAUAGGCCCUCAAAUAGUUCUGAGCGAUUAUAUCGUGGCAAUAGUUAUGAUAGACGUGGUGAAGAAAACAAAAAUUUUGGUAGACGAUCAAGAUUUGAUGAAAAGUUAAAAAAACCACAUUGGGAUUUAAGUUCUUUACCGAAAUUUGAAAAGAAUUUUUAUAAACCUCAUCCAAAUGUUGAAAAAAUGACAGAACAACAAGUAGAAGAAUUUCGGAGAAAAGGACAAGUUACUGUUCAAGGAGUUAAUAUCCCUAAGCCGGUCCCUUCGUUUGAUGAAGCAGGAUUCCCAAAUUAUGUGAUGAAUGAGGUCAAACGUAUGGGUUUUGCAUCGCCUACGCCUAUCCAGUCCCAAGGGUGGCCUAUGGCGCUUUCAGGACGAGAUGUGGUAGGAAUUUCAGCAACAGGAUCAGGAAAAACACUUGCAUUUUGUCUUCCUGCUAUUGUACAUAUUAAUGCGCAACCUUUAUUGUCUAAGGGUGAUGGCCCUAUUGUUUUAGUACUUGCACCUACUCGUGAACUUGCUGUUCAAAUUCAGACCGAAUGUGCUAAGUACGGUAAAUCAUCUCGAAUUAGAAGUACAUGCAUCUACGGUGGUGUUCCUCGUGGUCCUCAGAUUCGGGAUCUUGCUUCGGGUGUUGAAAUAUGUAUUGCUACUCCUGGUCGUCUUCUUGAUAUGCUAGAAUCCGGUAAAACAAAUCUUCGAAGGGUUACAUAUCUUGUUUUAGAUGAGGCGGAUAGAAUGCUUGAUAUGGGUUUUGAGCCUCAAAUUCGGAAAAUUGUAGAUCAAAUACGACCUGAUCGUCAAACACUAAUGUGGUCUGCAACAUGGCCAAAGGAUGUGCAAAAGCUGGCACAUGAUUAUUUAAAGAACUUUCUUCAAGUUAACAUUGGCUCUUUGGAUCUUAAUGUUAAUAUGGAUAUUAAACAAAUUGUUGAAAUAUGCUCCGAAUAUGAUAAACGUGGAAAGUUAAUUAAGCAUUUGGAAUACGCUAUGGAGGAUAAGGAAAAUAGGAUACUGAUUUUUGUGGCAACCAAAAAGAUUGCAGAUGAUAUUACGAAGUAUUUACGGCAGGAUGGAUGGCCUGCAUUGGCAAUUCAUGGUGAUAAACAACAGAGUGAGCGUGACUGGGUUUUGAAUGAAUUUAAAACGGGAAAAUCUCCUAUUAUGGUUGCAACUGAUGUAGCAUCACGCGGUAUUGAUAUUAAAGAUGUUAAAUAUGUCAUUAAUUACGAUUACCCAAAUAGUUUGGAAGACUAUGUUCAUCGAAUAGGUCGUACAGGUCGAGCAGGUGCCAAAGGAACCGCUGUAACUCUUUUCACCACAGAUAACGCAAAACAGGCUCGUGACCUCAUGAUGGUCUUGCGAGAUUCUAAGCAGGAAAUCCCUUCUGCUUUGGUAGAAAUGUCCAGAAUCAAUUACGGCAAUAAGCAUUCAAGCAAUUACCGAGGACACUGCUCAUGGUCCGGCUCAAACGCGUCUUUGAGCUCUACUAGGAGAUGGUGA